AUGAGUGCCGGGGUGCUCCCAGGAAGGCGGCAGAAAGCAGCCAGCAGCACCCCAGCAGGGAUGAGCCAGAGCCCAAGAGCAGCCCAGCAGGCAAUGGCCAUCUCCUCCAGACCACGGGCAUCCUUCCUCAUCCAAGACAUCCUGUGGGAUGGGGCAGAGCAGGGAGCACAGCAGGAGCAGGGCAGGAGCAGAGGCUUUGGCAGUCCUGAGGAUGAGGAGCUGCAAGUGGUGGAGGGCAGCGAGAGCAGCUCAGCCCCAGCACAACCCCCCAGGAGCUCCUGUCCCCCAGGAGCACCCCAAGCCCAAGGGACACCCCACAAGGCAAACUCAGAUGCCACAACAGACAACUCCCUGGCUGAGCCCCCUCUCCAACCCCUUCCCAUCACUCCCCGUCCUCCCAAGCAGGGGAAACGCUCCAGGGCAGCCUUUUCCCACAGCCAAGUCAUCGAACUGGAGAGGAAAUUCAGCCACCAAAGAUACCUGUCAGCCCCUGAACGAGCUCACCUGGCCAGAAACCUGCAGCUCACCGAGACCCAGGUGAAGAUCUGGUUCCAGAACAGGAGGUACAAAACCAAGAGGAAACAAGUGGCUUCUGAAAUCAGCAGCUUGGACACGAGGCAAAAAGCAGCUGAGCUGCCUGGGGCAUCCCUGCUGGCACUGAGGGCUGGCUGGCACUACCUGCCCUGCCUCUACUACCUGAAUGGCUGGAGUCCCUCCUGCUGGUAACAGCUUCUCUUUAUAACCUGUGAGGUGUUUGGCUACUGGGUUGCUCCUCUUAGUGCUAAUUAGGAGCAGGUAGAGCUCGUUUGUGGUAAUGAUGGGCAGCUGAUUGCUGCAGGAGCCUCUCUCAGCACUAACAGUUAAAACAAAAGCCAGA